ACUCGCCGGCUGUGUGAGUUUUCUCGUUGGAACGAAACGGUAAUUCCACGCCGUUUGGAGCCUUUGCCGAAUUAUAAGUUAACCAUAAAACACGGGGAUUACUUUUACUAAAAACCCCUUCGAAUUUUCCAUAAUUAUUCAAACAAAUACCAACCCCUUUUAAAUCCAUGUCUCUCACUUGCUCUUCUUCUUCUUCUUCUUCUUCUUCUUCUUGUUCUCGUUCUUCUUCUCCUUUUUUUCCUCCAAUUUCAUCUGCUCUUCUUCGUCUUUAGCUGCAGAUCUUCAUCUCCGAUCUCUUCGUUCUUUUGUUUUCUCUUCAGAUCUUGGUCGCGGGCGGUUUUGGAACCCGGAUUUUGAGUUUUCUUCUGUACCAGUGGAUAAUGGGCUCAAAGUGAAAUCAACAAUCAUUGGACUGUAUUUCCUUGGCAAUUGUUGAGUGUUUGAGGUAUUGAUUGAGAAAAGAAUAAUAAUAGAAUUUGAGGUGUGAUGCUGAUGAGGUUCCCUUGAUGAAGAAACAUCAAGGUUGGCUGCCAGUCAUUGGGAACGGCCACAUCAUGCCGGGACCACGGCAUAGAUCCCAGUCAAAAAAGCCCAUGUGGAUCAUUGUUUUGGUGUCUUUGGUUUGUUUGUCAUUGAUUGGGGCUUAUGUCUACCCACCUCGGCGAUUUUCAGCUUGCUACUUCUUAUCUUCAAGCGUUUGCAGUCCUUUCAUGGAUUGGCUCCCUCCUGCGCCUGCCAGGAUCUUCACUGAUGAAGAGAUUGCUGCACGUGUUGUCUUCCAAGACAUUCUUUCUAUGCCAUCAGUUCAGUCCAAGAAUGCAAAGAUUGCUUUCAUGUUCUUGACACCAGGUUCAUUGCCAUUUGAGAAACUGUGGGAGAAAUUUUUUCUGGGACAUGAAGAUAGAUAUUCCAUAUAUGUACAUGCAUCAAGGGAAAACCCAGUGCACGUCAGUCCUAUAUUCAUGGGCCGGGACAUUCGCAGUGCCAAGGUGGGCUGGGGAAAAAUUUCCAUGGUUGAUGCAGAGAAGAGACUCUUGGCAAAUGCACUUCAGGAUACCAGUAAUCAACAUUUUGUGCUGCUUUCUGACAGUUGUGUCCCUCUCCAUAAUUUUGAUUAUGUAUAUAGUUACCUGAUUGAAACAAAUCUCAGCUAUGUUGACUGUUUUGAGGAUCCUGGCCCACAUGGAUCAGGCAGGUAUUCUGAGCAUAUGUUGCCAGAAAUUGAAAAAUCAGACUUUAGGAAGGGUGCACAGUGGUUUUCAGUUAAGCGCCAACAUGCUUUGUUGAUACUGGCUGACAACCUGUAUUACACAAAAUUCAAGCAUUACUGCAGACCAGGAAUGGAAGGGCGAAAUUGCUACUCAGAUGAGCAUUAUUUACCAACUCUUUUCCAUAUGGUUGAUCCUGGCGGGAUUGCAAAUUGGUCAAUAACACAUGUGGAUUGGUCUGAAGGGAAGUGGCAUCCUAAAGCAUACAGGGCUCAGGAUAUCAGUUAUGAACUUCUGAAGAACAUAACUUAUAUAUCUGAAAGCUACCACAUAACAAGUGAUGAAAGGAAACAAGAACGGCGAGACCCGUGCCUGUGGAACGGAAUGAAAAGACCAUGUUAUUUAUUUGCUAGGAAAUUCUACCCCGAAGCUCUUGAUAGUUUGAUGCAUUUAUUCUCGAACUUUACAUUGAUUUAAAACGACUAAGUUAUUCUUUGGUCAAUAGUACCAGUUGCUUCCUCUCAUCUUCUGAUUCUUAUUUUUGUCGGAAUCUAGUAAAUUGCAAAGUUCACAAAGUUCACACAUUUGUAGUCCUCUCUGAUGCAAAUAUGUAUGUCUUUAUUGUUUUGGAAGGGGGAGGAGGAGAUCAAGCAGUUUAUCAAGAUUUCCAAGUCUCAGAAGAUGCUUCCA